AUGGCCGCCGAGCAUGCCACCGCGGCGGUGGGCGAGCCGCCUCCCGCCACGCCGCAGCCGGCGGAGGGCGCGACGGCUCCGGCGCCGGCGUCGGCGGGGCAGAGGUCCGUGCCCACGCCGUUCCUCACCAAGACGUACCAGCUGGUGGACGACCCGGUGGUGGACGACGUCAUCUCGUGGAACGACGACGGGUCCGCCUUCAUCGUGUGGCGCCCGGCGGAGUUCGCGCGCGACCUCCUGCCCAAGUACUUCAAGCACAACAACUUCUCCAGCUUCGUGCGCCAGCUCAACACCUACGGGUUCAGGAAGAUCGUGCCGGACAGGUGGGAGUUCGCGAACGACUGCUUCCGCCGAGGGGAGAAGCGGCUGCUCUGCGACAUACACCGCCGGAAGGUGACGCCGGCCGCGGCGGCCGCGGGGGCGGUCACGGUGGCUGCCGCGGCGGCGGCCAUCCCGAUGGCGCUGCUCGUGGGCUCGCCGGUGUACUCGGGCGAGGAGCAAGUGCUGUCGUCGAGCUCGUCCCCCGAGCCCCCGUCGCUGCAGCAUCCGCCGGCGGCGCCGUCAGGAUCGGGCUCCGGCGGGGUGGCCUCCGGCGACGUGGGCGAGGAGAACGAGCGACUGCAGCGGGAGAACGCGCGGCUCGCGCGCGAGCUCGGGCAGAUGAAGAAGCUCUGCAACAACAUCCUCCUCCUCAUGUCCAAGUACGCCGCCACUCAGCAGCAGCCGGACGCCGCCAAGCAGGCAGCGGCCGCCGGGAACUGCUCCGGCGAGUCGGCGGAGGCCGCCGCCGCAGCGCCGCCGCCUCCGCUCCCUUCGAUCCUGGAGCUCCUACCCUCGUGCCGCGGCGACCCCGUGCCCGCGGCCGUCGAGCCCGCGGCAGCGGGAACGGAGCACGAGGCUGAGAAGGCGUGCGCCAGGCUGUUCGGCGUCUCCAUCGGGUGGAAACGAAUGCGGGACGAGAGCAACGGCGACGACGCCGGCGGCGUGGACCGCGCGGCGGAGGUGAAGGCGGAGCCGGUCGACGCGCAUCCCGACCAGCAGGAGCACAACGCGACGGAGCCGGAGCCGUAG